UUUCAGAGUCUCCGUCGCAUUGAGAUCAAUCUUAGUGAAGCAGCAAAAAAAAAAAAAAAAUGGCGGUCCCGUUGCUUACGAAGAAGGUUGUGAAGAAGAGGUCUGCCAAGUUCAUCAGACCCCAGAGCGACCGUAGAAUCACAGUCAAGGAAAGCUGGAGGAGGCCAAAGGGUAUUGACUCCAGGGUUAGAAGAAAGUUCAAGGGUGUGACUUUGAUGCCCAAUGUGGGUUACGGAUCUGACAAGAAGACGCGCCACUACCUCCCCAAUGGGUUCAAGAAGUUUGUUGUGCACAACACGAGUGACCUCGAGUUGUUGAUGAUGCACAACAGGACCUACUGCGCUGAGAUUGCUCACAACGUUUCGACCAAGAAGAGGAAGGCUAUUGUGGAGAGAGCUUCUCAGUUGGAUAUUGUUGUUACCAACAGGCUUGCUAGGCUCCGUAGCCAAGAAGACGAGUGAAGAAACAAGCAAGCCACUUGGGAUUGAUUACUUGGUUGUUUUUUUGGGUUUGUUGCAUUUCCUUUUGUUAGACGAUUUUGUUUACUGUUUGUGUUUGCAAUCAACAAAACAUGAGUUUUGGUUUUAGGCAGACUUUGUUAAGACCUGUUUCUAAACUAUCGCAGUUCAGUUUAUCUCAAAGAUUUAUUAGA